AUGGGUGGCCAGAAGAGGGAACAGAAGAAAAAGUCGCACCACGGUUGUCUGCGAUGCAAACAGCGAAGUUGCGACGAAAAGCGGCCUGAUUGCUCCAAUUGCAUUAAGCGACAAGAGAUCUGCCACUAUGCUGCCUCAGGGCCCUGGCUCUGGACACAGCCAUCCAUUCAUGUAGCCCAUGCAAACCGUACAGCAUCGGCAUCAACCCGGGGCCCGGCGCUGCAUCGACAACCCCCAAACCCUAUGAGCAGACCGGCAAAGGGCACUCAUCAAGACCCUCUCCUGAUGACAACAAUCCCCCCAUCAUUCCCACCCAUCAAGACCUCACCUCAUCACCACCCCCUCUUGCUCAACUGGACCACCUCCACCUGCCACUCCAUCGCCCGCACGCCGAUCGACGGCCGGAUCUGGCAAACCGUGAUCCCACAACAAGCCCUCAGAUGCCCGCAGCUCUUCCACGGCCUCCUCGCCGUCUCCUCCCUCCACCUCGCCCUGCAGCAGUCCACCUUAGCACCUAGCCAAGACCACCAGAAAAGCAGCCUGAUAACAGCGGCAGAACACCACCAAAGCGCCGCGAUCACUCUCCUCACCCAAGCCCUCCCCAUCAGCACCGACACCGACAAAACCACCACCUUCGCCCUCUCCUGCCUACUAGUAGGCUUCGCAUUUGCGUUCCCCCUAGCAGUCACACAAGACCAUCGCCAAAACGCCCUCGAUGACCUCCUCAACAUCUUCACCCACAUCCACAAAAUGAUGGCCUUCUCCACGCCGACCAUACCGCACCUCCGCACAAGCGAGAUGGGGGAUCUUCUCCACCUCGAUCAUGACGACAACACCAACACCCUCAAGAACCAUCUCCCCCCAAACUUAUCCCCCUCCUCCCGUCAAGCAAUCACAAUCAUCCUCCAGCACCUCAACCACUCCCUGACCCGCUCCUCCACCUCCUCCUCUAGAGAAUACUCCUCUGGAGAACACCUGAUCUACCUCACAACCAUCACCCACCUCGGCCACCUCCUCGCAGAGCACGACGACACCGACCCCACCACCCCUAAAGAUCUCGUCUCCGCCAGCUUCCUCUGGAUCUGCUCCUUACCCACCGGGUUCCUCGACCUCCUGCGGCACCGCAGACCGCUGGCGCUGGUCAUUCUAGCGCAUUACUGCGUAGUGCUGCAUGCGCUGCGGCACCGGUGGUGGAUUGCCGGGUGGGGGCGACAGGUGUUGCAGACGGUGUGUGACAUCCUCAAGGCCGAGGGGGAGGAGGAAGAGUGGAAGGUGGCGUUGAGGUGGGUUUGGGGAGAGAUUGAGGGGGAAUGA